CGUUAAAAUGGAUCGACGGCAUGGAUAGAACAUAUAGAUCCCGGUGGGCGUCACAGAGCCCCUGUCAUGACCGUCCGUCUCUAGCUUGGUUGUGGUGGAGGUAAUACCCCAUCCGCUCCCGUUCCCGGGCAUCGCACUGCAAUGAAUCGUGAUGCAUUCGAGCAAACCUCUGCUCCACCCCUCCCCUGUCCCCACCCUCUCCCACUCGCAAUACAACAAACACACUCUCUCUGUGGGUGUGUGAUUUUUCUCCGCUUAGGGUUUCCAUUUCUCUGUAAUGUAUAAAUAUCAAUUUUAGGGUUUCAGAUUCUCUCCUCUGUUCUACUGCUAUGAAGAUGGAGAUGGAGAGUUCUCGCCGAUCGAGAGAACCAGGCCUGAAAAAGCAAAGACUGGCCGAAGAUGCCCCACCGAUCGGCGCCAUCGUCGAUCGCAACCGUCCGUUUCCUCAGAAAGCCCCCAUCGCCCGUGGCAGUCUCCGCUCAAGGGAUAGAGACAACGGACGCGAAGAUCCAGCUCUUGAAGCCUAUCAUCCUGAGCAGCAGCCGCAGCCGCAGCCGCAGCCACAGCAGCUUCAGCAUCAGCAGCAGCAGGAGAUUGUAGGACAGUACAAGACAGCCCUCGCGGAGCUGACUUUCAACUCGAAGCCGAUCAUCACCAACCUCACGAUCAUCGCUGGGGAGAAUCUCCCGGCUGCAAAAGGGAUAUCCUCCGUUGUCUGUACCAACAUCCUCGAGGUUCCUACUGAUCAAAAGCUGCCCUCUCUCUAUCUUCUAGAUAGUAUCGUUAAGAAUAUUGGAAGAGAUUACAUCAAAUAUUUUGCCACCAGGCUUCCAGAGGUAUUCUGCAAGGCUUAUAGACAGGUUGAUUCUUCAGUACAUCCUGCUAUGCGACAUCUUUUUGGGACUUGGAAAGGGGUUUUCCACCCUGCUACACUUCAGAUCAUUGAGAAAGAACUUGGCUUCACAGCCACAAUCAAUGGUUCAUCUUCUGCAACCACUUCAUCUAGGCCUGCUUCUGAGUCUCAACGCCCACCACACAGUAUCCACAUAAACCCCAAGUAUUUAGAGGCAAGACAACGGCUCCAGCAAUCAAGCAGGUCAAAGGGAGUACGCAGUGACAACACUGAGAAUACAGUUACCUCAUCAGAGGAUGUAGAGAGGCCUGACAGAACAGCUGCUGUUGAUAGUUCAAGACAAUGGGCAGAUCUGCCUGCUAAGAUGCAUAACAUGCAUCAUCCUCAAAGAGAACAAUUGGAUGAGCCCGCCCAUGAGAAGAACCUAGGUGCAGGAUAUGGAGAUUAUGAAUUUGUUUCUGAUCUUCCACAGCGUUCAGACCUAGGAGCUGGAAAAGCAAAUGACAGGGUUGCAGUGAGAGGACGAGAAAAGCCUUGGUAUGGAACUGGUAGCAGUGAUGUAGAGACAACAGCUGCAGAAAGGAAUGGUUCUGAUAUUUCAAAUGCAUAUGGAAAUUACCAAGCACCCAGACCUUCGCAAGCACUUACUCAGAUGCAUGCACCAAAUAACAUGGCAACAAGAAGCAGCAAAGGGAUGCUGGAGAACUGGAAGAACUCGGAGGAAGAAGAGUAUAUGUGGGAGGAUAUGAACUCCAGAUUGAAAGAUCAUGGGGGGGCUGAAAACUCACAGAAAGAUGGGUGGACUUAUGAUGGCAUGGAGAAGCCGAUAAGCUUGCAAAGAGGCAAAUGGAUGCCUUUGGAGACUGAACUUCUUGAAACUCAGUGGAACACACUCAAUACUUCUCAAUUGAAGAAGCCUUCUGGAGGUGGAGAUAGAGUUCCAUUGCGAAGAGAUUCUGAAGAUGAACUUGCACAGCUUCACGGCCAACCACGUAAUGGGUCCAGGCUUAUUAGAGAAACUUCCACAGAUUCACUAUCCAGAGAACAUGGAGAACAAACUUCAUUUGGGCAGCAGACAGCAUUUACGUGGUCAUCACUAGAGCCACAUCCUGUGGAUGGUUUGAACUGCACACGCAUAGGUUCAACAAUUUCAGAACAAUCUGACAGUACCCCUCCAACUGGUAGCGUAUCAAUGAUUGUGAGUUCAUCUUUGUCCAGAACAGUACUUAAGCCACAUAUAAGGCUACCUGUAUCUCCGUCAAGCUUUGGAUCUCUGGCCAAUGUGGUUUCAGGAUCAAGUGGGAAGCUUGGGCAUCAACAGUCACAGCCUCUGGGACUAGCACCAUCUGUUCCAUCACAUGGACACCAACAUCCCCACUCACCUUCAUCAUCAGUGCUCCAUAAGCAUCAGCAUUCCCGUAGUUUGAGUGACCACAAUCACACACUAGCGCAGUUGUUACCUCAACCAGGUGAAAUAUCUUCUCAGCCUGCAAGAGAGCCAGGCCAAGUACCACAUAUUAAAGUUGCUCAAGAUUCAACUGCUGCUGUGCCUCAAAAUCAGAUUCAGUCAAGCAUGUUGCGCAAUUUACAGUUGCCCUCUUCACAGCUGCCCUCUCAGCAUUUGCAAAAUCCAUUGCCUUCUUUAGCACUGCUAGAUCAGCUCAGGCAUCAUGUUCCCCUCCCACAGCAGCCACUGCCAGAAGUAUCGCUGCAGCCGAUGCAAUCUCAACCAUCUGGUCAGAACCAGAAGCUAUCAUCUCCAACAGCCAUCGUCAGUGCUCCCCAAACAACAGGGAACCUAAGGCCUGGCCAUUCAAAUAGUCCUACAGAUAUCGUGGGACAAUCUAGUGCAGGGAGUUUAUUGUUGGCCCUUAUGAAGAGCGGACUGGUCACCAAUAGUUUUCCGAGCCUGAGUUAUCUGUCAUCAUCAACGCCAUCUAUUUUGAAGAGUCAGCCUCCUUUACCAAGUGGACCUCCUCCUGUCCCGCUGACAACAUCUUCCUUGCCUACGGUAACGCCUGCUUCUGUACCAGGCCCAACCUCCCAUGUUGAUAUACCUGCUUCUGCCGCACAUCCUCCCAGAGUAGUCCCGCCUCCACUGCCACCUGGCCCACCACCUCCCUCAUCCCAUGUGACAUUGUCUCAGAUGUCAAACUCUACUAGUACUGUCUUGAAUCCCCUCUCUACUCUUUUGAGCUCAUUAGUUGCAAAAGGAUUAUUAUCAGAACCACCAAAAGAAUCACCAGCUGUCACUGCAUGUCAGAUUCCCAUCGAACUCCAGAAUCAGAGCACAGGCACCACUACCAGUGCCUCCAUGCCUGUUUCUUGUAGUUCACCUUCCUCAUCCCUAUCUCACUCUUCUGCAAAGGAAUCUGCUGCAAAAGGCACUACCUUGUCUCAAGCAACAACAGUAGAGACAAAGGACAUGAUAGGCACUAUGUUUAAACCAGAAAUCAUCCGACAAUUGCAUCCAUUAGUGAUUGAUGCCCUAUUUGAUGACCUUCCACAUCAGUGCAGUAUAUGCGGCCUUCGACUAAAACUCGAAGAACAGUUUGCGAGACACUUGGACUGGCAUACUUCAAUGAAACAUGAGUUGAGCAGUUGCAAGAGUGUUUCCCGGGAAUGGUAUGCAAGUUUGAGGGACUGGGUUGCUGGGAAUUUGGGACCUUCAUGUGGACCUAUGCCUACUGUUUCCAUGGAAGUGGUGGCCACAUCAGCGGAGAAAUGUGAACCAAUGGUCCCCGCAGAUGAAAGCCAGGUCAUAUGUGUGUUGUGCGGAGAGCCCUUUGAGGAUUUUUACAGUGACGAAAGGGACGAAUGGAUGUACAAGGGUGCAAUGUAUAUGACUACACUUGAUGGGAAAGGUGAUGCAGGACACACUGAUGGGAGUGCUGCAGAGGGCCCUAUUGUACAUGCCAACUGCGUGUCAAGAAGCUCAAAUGGUGAAUUGGACAUGGCUGGGCCUGUUGAAAUGGAUCAAGUGGAUGGUUGAUAUCCCAAAGGGAAAUUGCACAUCAUUAUUUGUAAUGCAGGUACAUACGUAAAAGUCGGGUCCUGCCAAUCAGGUUUGCUCCAACAGGUUAUGUAUGCAUACUGUUCAUGGUAUUUUGCUUGUGCCUCAAAAUGGGAGCUCAUCUCUCUGAUUUUUGUCUUCUCGUCUAUUAUCAUAUUUUUAAAAGAAAUAGAUCUACAGCUCUGUUGAUCAA